CACCCUGGUUUGCCUCCCCAUCCUGACUGGUCUUGUGGGCGAGAACUCUGGGACCUAGCCUCUUGGCGUCCAAAUACGCAGUCACUUCACAACUACUGGUGAGCUGGCCAUCGCCCUCCCUUGAGGGAAAACGCUGUACAAGUUGUUGGCACAUGGUAAAGCCAGCCUUACCAAAACUGCAGGGCCUUCCCACCUGUCAGGAGCACCCUCCCCUGUAAGAGGGUGACAGCUACGAUGCUCUGUCGCUCAGGUCAGUCCCUACUACACAUAUGCAGCUGUGACUAUGGAUGUCGGUGGGGGGAGAAAAGAAGGCUGUCACCAUGGCAACCCAGCUGGCUCAGCCUCUGGGAUCAGUCCAAUGCCCAGGGGAAGAAGGUGGGGUUUAGAGUGGGAGCAAACACUGCCUGGCUCUCCGACCUCAGACAAGGCACUUAGCUUCUCUCUGCCUCAGUUUCUACAUCUGUAAAACGAUGCUAAAUCUCUUUAUCCUAUCCACCUCCAGGAUUAACGGGAAAUAAUCUGAACUGUAAAACAUGAAGGUGUAUAGAGUCCCGAGCUUUGGUUUGUCUCUAAAUUGCUGUGUGUAACUUUGGGCAAAUCACUUAACCUCUCUGUGCCUCAGCCGCUCUAUUUGUAAGUAGGAAAAUAAUAUCCACCGCGAUAACUCCCCAGAUAUAUUGCCGGGCACCCCCACAAGAAUCUAAGAAUCUCCACGUUGGAAGGAAUCUUAGCACUCACACAGGAAUCUCUUCGAUAAGUCCUCUGACUGAGGUACUUGCCCCACCUCUGCUUAAUUACCUCCAGGGCCAGAGAGCUCCUGACUGCCCAACUUCCCAAAUGCUAUUUCUGCUUCCGAUUUUGCCAGAGGGUUUGCACAGGGUAGACAUUAACAGCAACUGAUGAGUACCUCAGGGUCCUCAAUGUAGGUGUGGCCGAGGUGAAGAAAUCCUUCCUGGGACCCUUGUCCCCAUCUUGCAAGAUGGUGCAGAUGAUGAGGCAGUUUCUGUACAAGGUCCUGCCUGAGGACUCCUACAAGGCCGCCACGGGGAAGCUCCACGUGUCCCUCACUCGGUUCACAGAUGGAGAGAGUGUCGUGGUUUCAGAGUACACAUCCAAGGAAGAGCUCAUCGAGGCACUCUACUGCAGCUGCUUUGUCCCCGUGUACUGUGGCCUCAUUCCUCCAACUUACCGGGGCGUGCGCUACAUCGAUGGGGGCUUCACAGGCAUGCAGCCCUGCUCCUUCUGGACCGACUCUAUCACCAUCUCUACCUUCAGCGGGCAGCAGGACAUCUGCCCCCGGGACUGCCCCGCCAUCUUCCACGACUUCCGCAUGUUCAACUGCUCCUUCCAGUUCUCCCUGGAGAACAUCGCCAGGAUGACCCAUGCCUUGUUCCCGCCAGACCUGCUGAUCCUGCACAACUACUACUACCGAGGGUACGAAGAUGCCGUUUCCUACUUGAGGAGGUUGAAUGAUGCUUAUCUCAAUUCUCCCUCCAAGAGAGUGAUGUUCCCCCGAGUAGAAGUGUACUGCAAUAUAGAACUUGCCCUUGGCAAUGAGUGCCCUGAAGGCAGCCAAUCAAGCCUCCAGACAGAGGAGGAAUGCAUACAACUUCACGCACAGUGGGCUCCCAAAGAGGAGGGAAAGGACGGCCAUGGUCCACUUGUGUUCUUGCCUGUGGAGAGACGUGAAUCCACACAUGAGCGUCCUGUAGAAUCACCUGUUUCACCAGCUGGCUUUUCAUUUGAGCAGUCACCUGCCACUGUACUGGCCUCAUCACCAUCACAUUCUCCAGCUGACCUGAUGCCUGCAUCACUCCCAGCUGUGCUCUUAGCACUCAGCUCAACACCUGUCCAAUCACAGCAGCAGGUACAAACGACUGGAUCACCACCAAGAUCCCCACCCUCCCAGUCAUCUGUGUCACCCAGGCCACCAGCUGUAGUGACAUCUCAAACAUUGCCCCAAUGUUCUCCUUCAGCGUCACCUACACAGCUACCCGUGGAAGACCUGGGCCCAGAACAGCCCCAAGCUCUCCUUGCCUCUUCAAGUCAGAAAGGUGCCAUGCCUGUGGUUAACGUGAAGGAAGCCACCAACAAGCCCUAUGCAAUGGACAACCCUGCCGAAGACUCAAGUUGGAUGAGCAAAAUAUUCAAGAACAAACAAAAGACAAAUGGCACCAGAAAAGGCUUCCCAAGACAUCCACGGUCCAAAAAACCAGGCAGCAAAGUGCAGUCUGCUCCCUGCCCACUCGACUUCUCUCUGCUCUCCACGUCCGAGACAGUUUGGGUCACCUACAGGCCUCAUCCCAGAUCCAGGAAUACAGCUACAGGCCGGAUCCAGGAAUACAGCUGCCCUGAGGAAACUGUGAGCCGAGAGAGAAAACUUGAGCUGGAAUGGGAGAGAACCUGAUGACCCCACGGUAGAGCCUUCUCCCCAAGGCUCUCAGAUGCAGUCCCCUCACCCUAUGCCUUCUGGGGACCAGGUGUUACCCACUACCAAGCCUGUUGGUGUGGAGAGUCCUGAUUCCCCUGGGCGAGCACUUCCUUGUCUAAACAUCCUCCCGGCCCCGGCCUGACUUCGCUUCUUUGAGACGGGGCCGUGUCAGACCCCGGCCCCCCAGAAUCUAGUCUACAGGGCCAAACCCUUGGGGAUCGAGCGGUACUGAGCCACGGACGCACUUUCCUCUUUCCCAUCAAGAGAUCAGGCUCUUUUGCUUUGCUUUGUUUUCUUUUUAAUUCUCUCACUGUCCCAAAGGCUUGACUUAGAACCACCGGACUCUGCCUCAGCUGCUCCCUGGAAUCACUCGUGGAGCUGAUCCAGCACGAGGUCAUGAUAAGCUCCCCAGGGCUUGUGUGGUGUGGCUGUGUGAGCCAGCCAUCCUGGACUUCCCUGAGUCCUGGUGUGGUUGUGGAGGACACAGAGGCCAAACGUCCCUUCCCCUCCCAUCCCCCAGCAUGAGGACAACACGAGGGCAGACCCUGUCUGCUGUUCACACCUCAGUUAAAAUGUUCCACAACAAAGACUUCAGCCUCAAUUUUUCCAACCCAGCCAGAAAAAAAUUAGCCCCGCUGCUCACUGGAGUGUGGAUAGCUUCCAGCCCCAGCCAGGCCCAGUAAGGAAGCCUGGGCUGCCCACGGCCUCAGGUGUAUUUGCUUUGCAAAUCCUGGAAUGCAAACCCCAGAGGACUGGGUGGAAGACAGCCCUGAGCUUGGUUGGGGCCUCUGGAGGAUGCAUGCAAAUUUUAGCCAUGGAGGGCAGGGGGCUGUGGCAAGAGGGCCUGGAGGAGCCUACAUCUAACAGGACCACGCCAGGGAGCAGGCGUCCACACAAGCUCCCUUUAGAACAUUCUGCCAGGAAGAAUCUAACUGUAUCUUUGAGAAGCUGAGAAGAAUCAAAUCUCAGGUGUUCUUGCACCCUCUUCCUACUCCAGGUCUGUGGCUCAGACCAGUCAAGGGGAGCGCCCUGGGGACCAUGUGGGGGCAGAGAGACAAGUCCCCUAGCCUCUCCCCCAGGAGUGGUCUUGUGGUUUGCAGGCGGGCGCGGCCAGAGCCCUUGAGACCUGUGAACCAGGGGAGGGGGGGGUUUCAGGCUCGCACAACUUGGGAAUGCUUAUGCCCUGCUGUGCAAGGGGGAACUGAACGUGACCUUAACUGUUGUUUUACCUGAAAGCCUGUAUUCAGAGCCCAGAUGCCCUUCUGUUAGAGUCAGGUUACAGUUAGAAUCAAUACAUUCCUGUGUAUAUUUCCCUUCA